AUGGCCUCCUCCACAUCCAUAGAUGCGCUCGCAAGCGCCAUAGUCGCGCGAUUUCUGCGGACUUAUAGCUAUACAGAGACUCUACAAGCCUUCAUUCGCGAGGCAGACCUUCCACUGGACGUGGGGCAAGCUUCUGGUGACGACACCCACAAUCUGACCAUCCAGAGCUUGCUGGAAGAGAAGAAGACCUUUGACCACACUGUUAACUUUGAGCGAUAUGGAAAAGAUGAUAAAGAGCAUGAGGGAUGGAGUGUUCCUGCACCGUCAAAGCCGACAGUGAUUCAGACACCGACAUCAUCGAACAUCCUGUCUGCAUCUGUAGAGCUUUGGAAUCAAUCAAGCCACGAUGCAGGCUCACCCGGCUCUGUGCAGCCGUUAAUUCUUUCUACAGGUGCCGAUCGACAAGCGCAUUUGUUCGAGACAGCGUCAGAUCAUGCUUCUCUUGCCUCCUUAUCUGGCUUGUAUGAUUCACCUGUGCUCUCUUAUGUAUCAAUUCUCCAUGGCCGAUACAUCCUCAUGGGCAACAUGUCUGGCAAGCUUCUGCUGCAACAAGGCAGUCGUGUCCUAGACAGCAGAAAAGACCACGCUAAAUACGUGGUCAAGGUUAUCGCCCAUGAGGACAAGAGCUUAUCCGGCUCAUCCCGCAGAUUUUGGGUUGCCACCGCUGGCUGGGAUGCAACUGUCUACUUAUACCGACUCGACAUCCCAGCUGAGGAGGAGCCAAACUCGUCGUUGGUCAUCGGAGAGCCCGUGACGCAUAUCAAGCUGACCACGAAUCCCGAGUCACUGCUUUUCGUCCCGCAUGUUGACACCGGCGAGUUACUUCUCCUCGUUUCGCGCCGGGACUCGACACAUAUCUACUACUACGAAGUCGCAUCGUGCACCUCCGAGUCCCGCCUUCUUGGAAAGCAGAAUCUAGCUCCUCACUCCAAUGCCUGGGUUGCAUUCUCUCCAGCCUAUAUGGCGCUCAGUCCACACGACCCUGGUCUACUAGCUGUUGCCACUUCAACACUACCACAUUUAAAAGUGAUGAUUGUGCGUCUUUUGUUCCCAUCUACCGAGCCUCUUGGUGAUACAGAAUCUGGAGAUGCAGCAGUGACACAGGCAUCUCAAGCCCUUGCAUCUUUGGCGCUGCAGAACCGUGAGGAUGCGGCUAUAUUGCUCCAGGCGAAUACGUUUGCGCCGCAGACGGCGUACUCGACUCCACAGAUUGUGUGGAGACCUGAUGGGUCGGGAGUUUGGGUCAACGGGGACGACGGGUUGGUGCGGGGAAUUGAGACGAAGACGGGCAAGGUGGUGGCUACCUUGAAAAACGGCCAUGAGUUUGGCUCCAAGGUGCGGACUAUCUGGGCGGGUUAUGUUGAUGUCCCAGGUGAAGAUGAGAACCAGACCCAGCAGGAAUGGGUGAUCAGUGGUGGAUUUGACAAGAGAUUGAUUGUGUGGAAAGUAUGA